AUGGCAACUCUUGAGGAAAAACUGAUUGCACCAGUUGCAGAUGAGGAAACUGUCCCAAACAAUAAGACCACUGUAAGGGUACCUGGACAAGUCGAUAUGGCAUGUGCCAUCAGCGUUCUAGGAAAGUCUCUGGUUGAUGAACUUGCCCUUGUGGAUGUUUUGGAAGAUAAACUCAAAGGAGAAACGAUGCAUCUGCAACAUGGGAGCUUAUGUUUUCAGACACCUAACAUUAUGGCAGAUGAAGAUUACUCUGUGAUUUCCAAUUCUAAGACUGUGGUGGUAACUGCAGGAGUCCUCCAGCAGGAGGGAGAGAACCAUCUCAAUCUGGUGCAGAGGAAUAUUAAUGUCUUCAAAUGUAUUAUUUCUCAGCUAGUCAAGUACAGUCCUGACUCCACCAUAAUUGAGGUUUCUAGCCCAGUGGAUAUUCUCACAUAUGUUACCAGGGAAUUAAGUGGACUACCCAAGCACCAUGUGAUUGGAAGUGGGUGUAAUAAUCUGAAUUCUGCUAGAUUUUGUUGUCAUGUGGCUGAAAAAGUUGGCAUCCAUCCCAGAAGUUGCCGUGGAUGGAUUUGGGGAGAACAUGGCAACUCAAGCGUGUCUGGGUGGAGUGGAGUGCAUGUGGAGGGGUUUCUCUCCAGGAACUGA